AUGCUCCGAAACCAAAACAGUAACAUAAGCCAUGCUUCAAAAGAAGAGCAGUCCAAAGAAAACGCCCGUCCCAAACUAACCAGAGCAGCAACGUCGAAAAGAUCUGCUCUCGGAAAUGUAACAAACCAGCUGAGAAGGCAGCCACAGAGAAUCGCUAAGGGAAAGGGAUCAAAGGUUGCUGGGGGUCAGGAAAAUGAUGAUCCCAACAAUUUGAAAGGUGGCAAGGCAGCAUUUACCAUCUUCGAGGAUGCAGCUGGACCUUCCACCAGAGUACAGCCUCACAUGCACCACAUCCAUGAAGAUGAGCCCAUGCACGACCAGGAAAACCACAUCUCUGGGGACAGCCUGAUUUUACAUGAAGCUGUGGUGAACUUCAGCAGAGCCAGUGUUUCCCGCCGCUCCUUCCCAUUGGCUCCAAUUGAGCUUGAUUCUAGUCAUGGAUACGAAGGUUCUCCUAUGGUUCUGGAUUCCUCCAGGUGUCAUGAUAUCAGCAUUGAAAGACCUGAUGAGUUCGGUCUUGAACCAUAUUUCCUCGAUAUUUACAGCUACCUGCGGGCAACAGAGUGUGUCCAUCGACCUGGCAGAGACUAUAUGAACCGACAGUCAGAUGUGACGACAUCAAUGAGAAACAUCUUGGUAGACUGGCUUGUGGAGGUUGGAGAGGAGUACAAGUUGCAAAGAGAGACCUUGUUCCUUGCCGUGGCCUACAUUGACCGGUUCUUGAGCUUGGUUGGGGUGUCCAGGCCAAAGCUGCAGCUUGUAGGGACUACCAGCAUGUUCAUUGCAUCCAAAUAUGAGGAGAUAUACCCACCUGAUGUGGCUGAAUUUGUUUACAUCACGGAUGACACCUACGACAGGAGUCAGGUCUUGAAGAUGGAAAGUGCCAUGCUGAAAAUACUGGACUUUAAAGUGUCAGUUCCCACAAUAAACUGGUUCUGUGAACGCUUUCUGGAUUUGUUGGAGUUGGACAUGAGUGAGAAGGCAAAGUUCUUGUCAUUUUUCUUGGCGGAGCUUUCCCUGAUAGAAAUUGAGAAGUUCAUGGACUUCCGGCCGAGUGAGAUUGCAGCAAGUUGCGUUCCUAAACAUAUGGAGCGUGUCACAAGUUACUCAUUGUCAGACCUCAAGCCAUGCGUCGAACUACUGUUCUCACAAUAUGCAAGAAAGGAGGAGAUGCCACAGAAAGCUGUCGUGGAGAAAUACAAGCAGACGAAGUUCGCUCAGGUUUCAACAGUUCAGCCCCCUCUCGUUCUGGCAAUAUUUUGA